UCCCCCCAAGCAAAAACCCUUGAAAAUGGAGGAAGCAUCGUACCAGCGAUUCCCGAAGAUCAAAAUCCGGGAGAUGAAAGAUGACUACCUCAAGUUCGAGCUGCGGGACACCGACGCCUCUCUGGCCAAUGCCUUGCGCCGCGUCAUGAUGGCGGAGGUCCCGACUAUCGCCAUCCAUUUGGUGGAAAUCGAGGUCAACUCCUCCGUUCUCAACGACGACUUCAUUGCUCACCGCCUCGGCCUUAUCCCACUCAGAAGUGAACGCGCCAUGUCCAUGCGAUCCUGGCUUGAUUGCGAUGCAUGCGCUGGUGACGGCCAGUGCGAGUCCUGCUCUGUUGAGUUCCAUCUGCGGGCCAAGUGCAUGACCCAUCAGACACUUGAUGUUACAAGCAAGCAUUUGUAUAGUUCGGACCACACGGUGGUUCCUGUGGAUUUCACGGACUCAUCUGGGUAUGAGUCAUCUGAGCAGAGAGCAACAUGUUAUGUUAUUGUUCUUAUCAUUAUGCAUGAACUCGGGCAACUUCUUGUCCCUAACCCACGCCUUUCGAGCUCAAUGAAGCUCGUCUUGAAAACGGUUUCAACAAUGUAAUCUCCAGACUUUAUACACACGAGCAUCAUCCUCUUUCCAAUAAUAUGUCCUCUGCAAUGAAAAAAAAAUUUUAAU